AUGUCUGAGCGCAAAGUCCUCCAGAAAUACUACCCCCCGGAUUUCGAUCCCAACGACAUCAGCCGCCGUCGGGGACCCAAGCCCACGGGGCCGAGAAUCCAAACCGUCCGACUCAUGGCUCCCUUUUCCAUGAAGUGCCUGAGCUGCGGCGAAUACAUCUACAAAGGCCGCAAAUUCAACUCGCGCAAGGAAAUCCGACCGGACGAGAAAUAUCUGGGCAUUCAGAUCCUCUUCUUCCACAUCAAGUGCACGCGAUGCAGCGCCGAGAUCACCUUUCGCACGGAUCCGCGAAACACAGACUACGCCAUGGUCAAAGGCGCCAUGCGUUCGUUCGAGCCGUGGCGAAAUAAGGAGCUGGCUGAAGAGACGCUGGAGGAGAGGCUGGACAGGCUGGAGCGAGAGGAGGCCGAGGCCGCGGGCGAGGAAGAGAAGAACGCCAUGGAAGAUCUCGAGGCGAAGAAUGCCGAUGCUAGACGCGAAAUGGCAGCAGCCGAUGCGCUGGACGAGAUUCGACAAAGGAAUGCGAGGAUACACCGAUCGGAAAAGGAAGGGACGGAUUUCGCAGACGUCAUUAUUCGUUCUGGAGACGAGGAACGGGAACGACAAGAAAGAGAAGAUGAAGAAGCCGCCAAAAGAGCGUUCGCCGCAGCCGCUAAGCGGCUGAAGAACCCUAACUCAGAGAACUCUGGCGCUUCAGCUUCUUCGGACACCAGUGCAGCGACGAGUUCCAUGCCACCGCCGCCCCCUCCACCCUCUUUCAAGAGGGUUGUGAAGAAGAAGAAAGACCAUGCCGCUUUGCUUGGUAUCAAGAAGAAGCCCUCUUGAGUAUAGCGAC